GUGUGUGUGUGUGUUAAUGUGUGUGUGAAGCCAUGGCGAGCGCUCAGCCGGGGGUCCACGCAUUGAAACUCCAGCCUCCCUCCGUCUCUGACACACUGAGGAACGGAAGCAACUUCACUAAAUGGGACGAGGAUCUGUCUAUUGUGACUCCGUUGACUCUGCACGUGGAUCCACAUGGAUUUUACCUCUACUGGACGGACCAAAACAAGGAGACAGAGUUGUUGGACUUGACUCAUAUAAAAGAUGUCAGAACAGGAAGAAGCACCAAAACACCAAAGGAGGCCAAGCUGCGGGAGCUGCUGGAUGUGGGGAACCUGGUUGGCCGGCUGGAGAACCGUGUGGUUACCGUGGUUACGGCUUCAGACCAUGUAAACGUCAACCAGCUUAACUUCAUAGCCACACAGGAGGAAGAAGCAAAGGUGUGGUGUGAGGAACUGUUUUCUCUGUCUUCCAACCUGCUCAGCUACAAUCUCAACAGAGACCAAAGUCUGCUGAAAGCGUACGUACGGUUAACUCUGCAGCUGAACACAGAGGGGAAAAUUCCCGUCAAAAACAUCGGUCGGGUGUUUUCAUCAGACAGGAAGAGAGUAGAGAAUGCCUUGGAGAGCUGCAAACUGCCUUACGGACGGGGUGACAGCGUCAAAGUGGACGACUUCACUCCCGAGGUUUACAGGAGUUUUUUGGAGAGUCUGUGUCCUCGUCCGGAGCUCCCCAACAUCUUUAAACUGCAAGGAGCGAAUGACGGGUCGUCGCUGUCAGUCGAUCAGAUGACAGAGUUCAUCAACAACAAGCAGAGAGACCCGAGGCUCAACGAAAUCCUCUACCCGCCUCUCCGCCCUGCGCAGACACACAGUCUGAUUGAGAGGUUUCAACAUGACCAGGAGCUGCUGAAACGAGGUGUCAUCUCUCUCCAGGCAUUCGCUAGUUAUCUGUCCAGUGAUGAGAACGGCGUCAUCCCACCAGAAAAACUGGAUCAGUCUGAAGACAUGAACUUCCCGCUGUGUAACUACUUCAUCAACUCAUCACAUAACACAUACCUGACAGCGGGCCAGCUGGCGGGGAGCUCCUCGGUGGAGAUGUACAGACAGGUUCUCCUGGCUGGGUGCCGCUGUGUGGAGUUAGACGUGUGGAAAGGACGGACGGCUGAGGAGGAACCUGUGAUCACACACGGCUUCACCAUGACUUCAGAAAUCCCCUUUAAGGAAGUGAUUGAAGCCAUUGCAGAAUGCGCCUUCAAGACCUCACCUUUCCCUGUCAUAUUGUCUUUUGAGAACCACGUGGACUCUUUGAAGCAGCAGGCUAAAAUGGCUGAAUAUUGUCGAUCCAUCUUUGGAGACGCGCUGUUGAUCGAUCCUCUGGACAAAUAUCCGCUGGAGUCGGGCGCCCCCCUGCCCAGUCCUCAGGAGCUGAUGGGCAAAAUCCUCAUCAAGAACAAGAAAUCUCACAAACCGGCCCAAAACACAGACACCAAGAGACUGACGGACCAGCCGGCCAAUCAGAGCAACGAACCACUAUCGCCUAGCAACAACACAGGAGAGAUCGAGGCUGAGAGUGAGGAAGAUGAUGAUGACGACGAUGAUGAGGGUAAAAAGGGUUCAGCAGAGCGGGAAGCGGUGGCGACGGAGGAAAUGUCGACUCUGGUAAACUACGUCCAACCAACCAAGUUCAACUCCUUUGAAGCCUCCAAGAAGGCCGCCCGCUGUUACCACAUGUCGUCUUUUGUGGAGACCAAAGCUUUGGAGCACCUCACAAAGUCACCAGUGGAGUUUGUGGAAUAUAAUAAAUCCCAGUUGAGUCGUAUCUAUCCAAAAGGAACCAGAGUCGACUCGUCCAACUACAUGCCUCAACUUUUCUGGAACGCUGGAUGUCAGCUGGUGGCUCUCAACUACCAAACUAUAGAUUUGCCCAUGCAGCUGAACCUCUUCGUGUUCGAGUACAACGGUCGCAGCGGCUACAGACUGAAGCCUGAGUUCAUGAGACGGCACGACAAACACUUUGACCCUUUUACAGAAAACACAGUGGACGGCAUCGUAGCUAACACUCUCUCUGUGAAGGUUAUUUCAGGCCAGUUCCUGACUGAGCGUAGGGUGGGUGUGUACGUGGAGGUGGAGAUGUUUGGACUUCCUGUGGACACCAGGAGGAAAGCACUGAAAACCAAAACCUCUCAGAACAACAACGCCGUCAACCCGGUGUGGGACGAAGAGCCUAUCGUGUUCAAAAAGGUGAUUCUUCCUACGCUGGCUUCUCUGAGAAUCGCUGCGUUUGAGGAAGGAGGGAAGUUUAUUGGUCAUCGAAUUAUCCCGGUGUCAGCUGUAAGACCAGGUUAUCGUUAUAUCGGCCUGAGAAAUGAGAAGAAUCAGUCUCUGGUUCUACCGGCUGUGUUUGUCUACAUCGAAGUCAAAGACUACGUCCCGGACACCUUUGCAGAUGUGAUAGAGGCUCUGUCCAACCCCAUUCGAUAUGUCAACCUUCUGGAGCAGAGGUCCAAACAGCUGGCGGCUCUGACACUGGAGGACGGAGAGGAGGACACGCAGACUGAGGAUGAGGCCGACUGCUGUGCGGCAGAGCGUAAGAAUGAUCUGAAGUCAGCCCCGGUGGAGAACGGACUCAGCCUCGCCUCCGGCCCUGCAGGACACACUCCUGUCGCCACGACGCCCAAAGCCUCUGCAGCCAGAGCCUCUGCAGCCAAUCAGCAAGCAGCUACAACUGAUGCACCCAAACCAGCAGCAAAGACUGAAGAUCUGGUUUUAAGUGUUUUGAUAGAUAUCCCAGUGUGCACCAUAGAGAGUCUGCAGCAGUCCAAACUGUACCAGAAGGACCAGAGACGUCAGUUCAAAGAGCUGAAGGAGUUAGUGAAGAGACACCAGAAGAAAACCUCAGAGCUCCUCCGAGAAUUCAACAACAAGUACAAGAAGACAGCCAGACAGUGCAGCAAGAGCAGGGGUUCGUGUUCAGACAGUGAGAAAGACGACCGCCUCCAGCAGCUGAAGGACGAGCAGCAGCAGCAGCUUCUGGCUCUGAGGCAGGAACAGUACUACAGUCAGAAGUAUCUACAGAGAGAACAUAUUAAAACGCUGACAGAGCGGCUGAGCAGUCUGGCUGAGGAGAUUCACAACGCCCAGAUGAAGAAACUCAAAGACAUCUGCGACAAAGAGAAAAAAGAGCUGAAGAGACAGAUGGAUCGAAGGAGAACAGAGAAGAUCAACCAGGCGAAGACCAAAGAGAAACAUCUGGCUGAGGAGGAGAAGAUUGAGAUCAAUAAGUCCUACGUCAAUGAAGUCGUCCAGAACAUAAAACGGCUUGAGGAGACACAGACAAAGCGCCACGAUCAGCUGGUGGAGCAGCACAAUCAGCUCCUGCAGGAGAUUCAAGACCAGAAACCAAAGCUGCAGGGAGCCAUAGAAGCCGAGUUUCAGGAGAAGUUCCAGUGUUUGCCCGGAGAGAUCGAAGACUUCCUGCAGGACAGGAAGCCGGAGGUUAGAGGCCACAGCAAGUCCCGACCCUCGACCCCUCACGAAACUCUGUCGGAGGAGGACUGAGGGAGGCGAUGAAGAGGGGAAACAAUGCAGAAAGAAAUGAGAGAAUUAAAAUAAUUAAUCUAUGAAUGAAAGCGAAGGGAAGUGAAUCAAAGAAGUAAAAAGAAA